AUGGAUGCCACAGAAGGUGCUACGUCUGAUCAAGAAACUGGGCUCCCUCCUUUCAGCGAGUCGAUCCUAGCCAUCGAUGUCAAAGAUCGGAGCACCCUAGGAUGCAGCCUCUUCUCCACUGCAGACGGCACCUUGAAGAUAGGUACUGACAUGUCUAUGGCGGGCGAAGAUGUGGUCGAGCAAUUUCUCAGCUACGCGCAACCAACCACUAUUCUGGUCUCACGACGAGUCCCAGAAUCAAUCUUUGCCUUUAUUGAGAAGCAUGCUGAAAAGAGUGACAAAGAAAUUCGUUCCCGCCUGGUGUCUCCCUCUGACUUCUCACACACAUUGGCCUGUGAAGAAUUAAUGUCACUCGAUACAUCAUCUGCCAACGUGGAGAGGCAUUAUACUGAGAGCAGUAUCCAGGCUCUACAGGAAUGCGACCGCCAAGACUCUCAGUGCAUGAAGUUGGUCCGUUGCAGCUCUUCAACUGACCUUGACAACGUCACAUCCAUGGGCUGCGCAAGUGCUAUUCUCAUAUACCUACGCCGACGGCGAUCACUCGUAUCCCCGUCUAGCAAUACCAACACGGGAUAUAUGUUUGAUGUGAGAUAUAUUACGCUAUUCAAUUUGGCAGACUAUGUUUUCGUCAGUGAAGAGUCCAGACUCUCCCUACAAAUCAUCAGCCACGAAUCACAUCCAAAUAGACCCGCUUGGAGUGUCGAUUCCAAAAGUUCAGCUGAAAAGGAGAAUCUCUCUGUUUAUGGUUUAUUCCAUCCGCUGGUCUCUACACCGCAAGGUCGGACUCACUUGCGUCACAUGUUCCUUAGACCAGUGUCGAAUCUUAACAUCCUCUCCCAGAGGCAGCGAACGAUUGCACUACUCCUCCAUCCCAGUAAUGAGGAAACGACAAAACGUGCUAUUGCUAUACUACGGAAAAUGAAAAAUAUAAUCGGCGGAAUCGACCCAGUAUCUCUAGCUCUGGUAGGCGACAUGAUCAACAGAUUCAUCAACUUUGACGACGCCAAGUCCCAGAAGUAUUGUUCAGUUAGACCUGGCGUGGAUACCGAAUUGGACGCGUUAAAACGACAAUACGACGGCAUGAAUAGCUUAUUGACAGCAGUAGUCGAGCGUGUUGCUAAAGGCUUGCCAGAUUGGGCGCGUCAAUACAUCCAGUCAUGCGUUUUCUUUCCCCAGCUUGGAUUUUUAACCAUAGUUGGGCAGGAGCCUCAACUAGAAAACGACAUUUUUAAUGGCGAAAACAGAUAUUACGGGGAUAUGUAUUCUAAGAUAAGCGAUAAGGAAGUCGAGGUCAUGCAAAAGCUGGCUUCAGAUGUCAUUGUUCACGAGAAAGCACUCUUGGAAGCUGCAGACUUAUGUGGAGAAUUUGAUGCACUUCUAGCUCUUGCCAUCGGCGCUGCAAAAUAUAACUGGCAACCCCCCAAGAUGACGGACGCCAAUGUCAUUCAUAUCAAGGGUGGGUGGCACCCACUUCAAGAGCUACUGGUGCCAUCGUUUGUGCGAAAUGACUGUUUCAUUGGGGAAGAGAGUUUGACCCAUGGACAAGCGACCCAAGCCCUAGUUCUGACUGGUCCUAAUCAAUCGGGGAAAAGCGUCUAUAUCAAGCAGGUUGCCAUAAUUGUUUACCUGGCGCACAUCGGGAGCUAUGUGCCAGCCAAAGAAGCUGUGAUCGGCACUGUGGAUAAAAUAUUGACUCGGAUGCCGUCACAAGAAAGCGUUUCCCGUGUCGGGAGUGCAUUUGCUCUAGACCUCAAACAAGUCUUCCAAGCCAUGAAAUACUCUACGUCGCGGAGCCUGGUUCUUAUGGAUGAAUUCGGAAAUAGGACCGCGGCCGAUGGCGGUGCUGGAUUGUUUACAGCGAUGCUGGACUAUUUCCUUUCUCCCGCAACGGCAAUACCAAAACUAGUGGUUGCUACACACUUUUAUGAAGUGUUUUUAAACGGUUAUCUACAUGAUCAUAGCCAACUCUCGUUAAUGCACAUGGAUGUGAUGAUCAACAUUGAUGCUACUAACGCAGAGGAUAAAGUUACCUACUUGUUCCACCUAGCUACUGGGUAUAGCUCAACAGGUUUAGGAGGCCAGUGUGCAAUAUUAAAUGGAAUACCUAAGGAUAUAACUGACCGAGCUGAAAUAAUAGGGGAACUAAUAAAACAAGGUAAAAACCUAA